CUUAUACUUUUAAUUAUUUGUUAUUUUUCGUUCGACGUUCAUUGCAAUAAUUGAUAUAUACUGUUGUUGGAUUUCUGUCGUGUGAGAUAGAAGAACCUUUAAGAUGAGUUCGUUGAAGCUCCAGAAACGGUUGGCCGCCGGGGUCAUGAAAUGUGGCAAGAACAAGGUCUGGUUGGAUCCUAAUGAGAUCAGUGAGAUCGCUAAUGCCAACUCCAGGCAGAACAUCAGGAAGCUGAUCAAGGAUGGUCUGGUCAUCAAGAAGCCCGUAGCCGUCCACUCCAGGUCCCGUGUUCGUAAGAACGACGAGGCACGUCGUAAAGGACGUCACACUGGAAUGGGUAAAAGGAAAGGUACCAAGGACGCCAGGACCUCGCAGAAAGGUCUCUGGAUUAAGAGAAUGAGAGUUCUGAGAAGACUUCUCAAGAGAUAUAGGGAAGCUAAGAAGAUCGAUAGACAUCUGUACCAUGAGCUCUAUCUCAAGGCAAAGGGUAACGUGUUCAAGAACAAGCGUGUCCUCAUGGAGUUCAUCCACAAGAAGAAGGCUGAGAAGAACAGGUCCAAGAUGCUACAAGACCAGGCCGAGGCUCGCCGUACCAAGGUCAAGGAGGCCAGGAAGAGGCGUGAGGAGAGGCAGGACACCAAGAAGAAGGAGAUGCUCCAGACCUUCCUGAAGGAGGAGGAGACCCUUGCUGCUAAGAAGUAAGGAAUCGUCCAGCUGGUGCAAGUCAUGGUUGUUGCCAACCAUUAGAUCAUGUUCAAUAACAUCUCGUUCAUGUUCAUUACUUGGAGAAUAAAAAUUAUAUCAAACUUAA